GUGCGCAACGAAUUGAGAGAGUAUGGCUCUUUUCCACUGCUCGCUCUUAUCUUGUUAUGCCUUUUUUGUUCUAGCAUUGAGUCUUCUUCAGUCUCCGCUAGUCCAUGGAAGGGAGACGGAAAGCCGGCAUGUAGUCAGUGUUAGGUCUUUGCUGCCGGGCUCAGUUUGCUCCUCACCGAGAGAUUCAAACCCAUUCAUGUUGAAAGUAGUCCACCGGCACGGCCCAUGCUCGCCGCUGACCCCCGGCCAGAAGCCAGACUACACCGAACUCCUCAGCCAGGACCAAGCUCGAGUCAACUGGCUCCACCACUGGAUCUCCACCAGCUCCAACCAAAAAAGCACUCGUGCCUCACUCGCCGCAAAUAUUCCUGCCAGCUCCGGCGGCUCGAUUGGUACCGGCAAUUACGUCGUCAACGUUGGUUUCGGCACCCCUACGAAGGAGUUCACGGUGGUCUUCGACACCGGCAGCGACCUCACAUGGAUCCAGUGCUCGCCAUGCCGUAGCUGCUACCCCCAACAGCAGCAACUCUUCGACCCCUCUCGAUCCUCCACCUAUUCCAACAUCUCCUGCAACUCCCCCAAAUGCUCGCAGCUCGACUCUUCCAGUUGCCUAGCCGGCAGGUGUCGCUACGAAGUCGAUUACGGCGAUAAAUCCCAGUCGGAGGGCUUCUUCGGCAGCGACACGCUCACACUGACGCCCUCCGACGUGCUACCGAAUUUCUUGUUCGGCUGUGGCGAUCAGAACAAAGGGCUUUUCGGUCAGGCCGCCGGUCUGCUCGGUCUGGGCCGUCAACCAGUCUCACUAGUGUCGCAGUUGAAGUCAAAGUAUGGCGGUGUCUUCUCUUACUGCCUUCCAUCCACAUCGAGCUCGUCGGGCUACCUGAAACUAGGCGGUGGUGCACCGUCGAACGUCAACUUCACACCGAUGCGAGCAUCCUCCAGCCAGCCAUCAUUCUACUUCCUUGAUCUCGUGGCAAUCGAAGUCGGCGGUAAGCAGCUUCCAAUAUCCCAGACGGUGUUCUCUAAUGCCGGGACGCUGCUCGACUCCGGUACGGUGAUUACCAGAUUGCCGCCAUCGGCUUACGCCGCCCUUCGGUCGAGGUUCCGUCAGCUGAUGACCAUGUACAAGAUGGCGCCGCCUCAGUCGAUACUGGACACCUGCUAUGAUUUCACCGGCAACGACACCGUGUCGGUGCCGACGGUGGCGCUGGUGUUCGGCGGGGGGGCUACCCUUAAUGUCGACUUCACAGGCAUACUGUACGUGUUCAACAUGUCACAGGCAUGCCUGGCGUUCGCCGGCAAUGAUGAUGCGAGCGACGUUGGCAUCAUCGGCAACGUGCAGCAGAAGCGGUUUGAUGUGGUUUAUGACAUUACAAAUAGUAGAAUUGGAUUUGGCGCCAAUGGUUGUAGUUGAUUCGUCGAACAGAAUGGUUGGGAGCAUGAUGGAUAAACUGAUUGAUCAAGCAAUUAGGAGAGAAGAAUAAGAAAGAGUUCAUGAAAGAAGAAAAAAUAAUUUAAAAGAGAACCAACAUACUGUAUGACGAAAUAGCUGGUCCCUCUACUUAACAAUUCAAGCAAGAAAUAACAUGCUUAUGGUCGUGCUAAGUUAUGUUUGGAAUGAUAAAAAUUGGGAGUUGAUUUGACCUCGUC